GACGGAUUGCAUGAACGGGACAAAACAAAAUGUAAGUCGUUUAUUUUAUAUAUAAACUUGUUUCUUGGGAUGGCUUUAAUCAAAUUUUAUGUUGUGAAAAUGUAUGUGUGUUUUUCCAGCCGAUAUGGGGUUCAAAUUCACCGCAAAUGCAACAUUCCAAUCGUUCCAAUGGGAUCCAAGAUGGCGUCGCAUGCACAACGCGAGGCUCUGCGUCUCCACAGUUUUUGCAAGUUAGUUAUUUUCUGGUUAAUAAUUACCGUAGUUUUCGCUCGGAACAGUCGAGCGAAGACUUCGUAUGGCCGUCAAGAACUACUGGAUCUCGGUCUUCUCUAUACAACCAGUACACUAAGCGACUUCCAACUACCGCCGGAGAUCACCAGUACACCGCAGUCUAGUGUGCCAGCUCCUCCGACAGGAAGUGCCCGGAGGCAGCGCAGAGACUGCAAACAAAGACGUGGGAAGCGGGGAGGCUAUCGGGCUAGACUAAAGCUAAACCCUCACCAGCCAGCUCUGCCAAGCAUUUUCCUCGCCAAUGUUCGGUCUCUGGUGAAUAAAAUCGAUGAACUACGGCUGCGGAUCACCUCACAUAAACGGAUCGCUGACUGCAACGCCAUGGUCUUUACCGAAACAUGGUUUAACGACAACAUCCCGGACAACGCCAUCGAGCUGGAUGGGCGCACUGUCUUCAGGGCUGACAGAACAGCGGAGGACUCCGGAAGUGGAUGCUGUUGGCGGGGGUGAGCAUAACUCAAUUGGUCGGUGUUACAGGGAGAG